GCUUUGUGAUGUCCAUGGCUGUGGAACUGACUCUGCCAGCAGGGCAGUUCCAAGUGCCCACUGCCUGCAGAACAGCCAGGAAAGUAACAUCACCAUCACCAUGGCUGGCAGCUCAAGCAGCCAGGCAUUAGAAGAAGCUUUCCGUAAAUUUGCUGUAUAUGGUGACACAGCUGCCAGUGGCAAUGACAUGACAGGGAAAAACUUCUCCAAGAUGUGCAAAGAGUGUGGAGUGAUGGAUGGGAAAGCUGUGACCAGCACUGACAUUGACAUUGUAUUCAACAAAGUCAAGACCAAGGGUGCCCGCACCAUCACCUUUGGUGAGUUCCAGCAGGCCAUGAAGGAGAUCUGCUGCAAGCGCUUCAAAGGAAAAUCACCAGAGGAAGCACUGCAGGCUGUGUAUGGCCUCAUGGAGGGGAAGGAGCCUGGCAGCGCAGGCACCACAAAAGCCUGCAAGGCUGGUGCAGUAGACAGGCUGACAGACACCAGCAAAUACACUGGCAGCCACAAAGAGCGUUUUGAUGAAAGUGGCAAAGGGAAGGGUCUUGCUGGCCGCGAGGAUCUGACAGACAACAGUGGCUACGUUGGAGCCUACAAGGGACAGGGCACAUACGACCAGACACACAAGUAA